GACAGCAUAAACCAAUUUUUUUUAAAUAUUUAUUCAAGUACUGGUACCUGUAGUCUAAGUUUAGAUUGUACUCUAGUAUCUAAUCUUGAGACAAGAUAAUUUAGACGCUAAUCUGAAGUUCCUUCAAGGGCAAUAUAUUGUGAUAAUUCUUUUAACAAGAAAAGUUACUACUGUAUGUGAGCAUAAAUUUGGACAGACUUAAAGAAAACCAAUUAUCUGGAAAUAUAAAUGUUCAGAAAUUGGGGGUGCUGGAAAGUGAUGGUCUAUGAUGGGUCGAGAGAGGCGUCUGGCCCUUGGCAUCUUUGUCCUGCUGGUGGUCGACGUCAUUUGGGUGGCUUCAUCAGAAUUGUCGGAGUAUAUCUUCAAUGAUACCGGCUUCAAUAAACCUUUUUUCAGUACAUACUUAAAGACCAGUAUGUUUUCACUAUAUUUGCUGGGAUUUAUAUUUUGGAGCCCCUGGAGACACCAAUGUGCCCAAAGAAACCACGAUGAGAGUAUUUACCAGGAAGUGGAUUCAAUGGAGGAUGAAGAUUUACCGCUGUCAGACGUUUGAGUGAACCAAAGUAUGUUCCUCUGAAACUACAAGAAUUGCAAGAAAAAAGCUCUGAUGGAGAAUCUGAUGACUCUUCAGUAAAGUCCGUCCGCUUCAGCAAAUUGACAGAGGUAUGUAGUGAUGCUUCUUUUAAGAGAAUACCAGUAACUAUUUAAAUUUAAAGGUAAGUCUAGAUUGUUGGGAAUGUAAUUACUGAAAGUGAAGAUCUUCAACAAAUUCUUUAUGUCCAGGGCUUAGUUUUGGAAUUUCUGUAGUUCAAGACAGAGUUAAUAUGAUUUAAAUCAGAGUGAAAAAAUCAUGAUUAGAUUUUAUUUUACUUAUUUUUUUAUACUAAUAAUAGAAACUAUAUUUUCCCUUGAGAUUCUUUGUGGUAGUAUAGCUACAGUUGAUAUAAUUCAGCUCCCCACUAACUUGAAUAAUUGAUGCAGAGCUCUUCCGGGAAUGAGAGAUUUCCCGGUAAUGAUACAAAUUUCUCAAACCCGGAAAAUUCAACAUUCCUGGAAUUUUUUAUUGGUAAAAGAAUACUACUUCGCUAUUCGCAACCCCAUUCUCAUGGUGGGAGGCUACUGUCUUGCCUUUCAAGAAGACUUGAAAAGAGGCUUUUUGCCCUCGAGAAUAUUGCCCCAUAGUUCUUAUCUCCUGUAUCUGCAAGCUGUUUGAAAAGAUGGUCAAGUCUCGAUUAGUAUACUACCUGGGGAAGAAUGCCCUUCUUUCACCAUAUUAAUCUGGCUUCCGGAUGAUGCUGCAACAACAGAUGCUCUUGUUUGUAUUGAGUCCUCGGUCUGUGAGUCCUUUGCUCAUUGCCAACAUCUCAUCUGUAUUUUAUUCGACCUAGAGAAAGCA